AUGGUUAUAUGUUUAAAAAUAAAAAUGAAUUCGACAUUUAUUAUUAUAAAUAUCAUACUUGUUCUGAUUUCAUUCCUAAUUGGUUGUAUAACACCAUUAAUCGUUUCUAUUAUACGUCACAAAUAUUGUCAAAGUUUACAAAUUGAACCAAUAAGCAAUGACAAUAAUGAUAUUGUCAUACAAAACGUUGAACAACAAAAGGAGAUAACACCUCAACAGCGAAAUGAUUCUAUUUCUAUAGUUGUCACUGAAGCAAUUGCAAUGAAACAAGAUACUGUUCCUCCAAUAUCACGUUUUUCUAAAUCUAUUCUAUGGAAUAAUUUAUCAUACCGUGAUUAUUUACGACGUACAAAUAGUUCCUUUAUUGGGUAUGAUACAGAUGGCAGUGAACCAAACAUUACUAAUAUUCAAUCACGGCUAUUGUACAUACCAGAAAGAUAUCGAUCAAGUAAACAGAAGAAAUAUCCAACGUAG